AGUGGUAAAAAGUAUAGUAAUUUAUUUCUCCCUUUGCAUCGUUAAACUUAUUGUAUUUUUAUUUUCUGUUUUCUGUAAAUUACUAAGUCAGAAGAAACAGUUAAUAUCUGCAUUUUUCCUUGAGUCGUCAGUAGGUGGUGCUGUUUGCAUUAUGCAUGGGAAAUGCGCAUGUGCUGUUUUCAGAUCUUUUUGGGUGAUGUGCAGGGAGCAACGUUGGGGAGAUGUGCACUCUCUGUAAUCAGUGACAUAUUUAAGACCAUCCAAGGUACAGCAUUUUGUUGAGGAUUUCAGCCCUCAUAAAGUGAAUGUGAGGUGUAAAGUAGGAGCUCAUCAUUUUGUGAGUGUUAUCUUUUUAUUUUUCACAAAUUAUAUGUAAGUGGGUAAUAUUUCCAUGUUCUUAUUAUGCUUUGUUUAUUUUGUAUAGUAUUCCCACUGCCGUAUUGUACCGUGUAGUACCACAUGUGAUUUUAGUGUGGUAGUUUCUCUGUAGCGUCUCACAACAUUUUGUUGUUGUGGUAUUCCUUUUGUAUUUAAUUAUUUAACUUUUGUAUCUUUGUGUGGCGGCUGUAUUUUUACUGGGCCGUGUUUGCGAUGGUUAAGAGUUUGUUUCUGCUUAUAGCAGUUGGAUUGUGGAACAAUCUGUUGAACAUUAGGAAUAAUUAUACACUGAGAAAUAUAGAGCUGUGAGAUUUAAACUUUAUUCCCAGCUCUUUGUAUCCUUCUCUGUUUUUUUUUUGUUCCGUCUAUUUUCAAAAAUAGAUAUUUAACUUUUUUUCUUUGUUUCCGGUCUAUUUUGAGCCGGAACGGUUUCUUGUACACUCUUGUUAAACAUUUCAGAACAUGUCAUUCUUUUGAAAAUACUAAAUGAAUAAACUACAAAGUAAGUAAACCCGCUAAAAGUGUUUCUGGUGGUCAAUUAAAUUCCCCGGUCACACAUUUUUGGUACCAGGAGUGGGGUAGUUUAUUCAGUUUGAUUUGUUUGUGAUGAGCGACGUGUUUUGUCGGGCAAUACGGCAGUGGUGAAUAAUUUUGCAGAGGCAGUGGACGUCCAGAGCGUGGAGGAUUGCGGUUGUGGACGUGGUGAUCGACGUUGGAUUGAUCGGGUUUACGGGGUGCCAGGUGUGACGACUGCUCAGAAGACUGGUCCAGGUUGACGUGAUUCCUUCUGUCAAGUGUGCAGCGUAGCUUCCAGGAUUUAACGGAUCCAUCCAAGAACUGUGUAUCAGUGCGAGGGCGUCUGAGGUACUGGAAAGGACUGGGAAGUUUGGACGAGUUUUACACCAAGGACAUUUAUAUUCGACUGAGUUGUUCAUCCUGAGUUAUUUUUAUUUUAUUUUGACCUGCUUGUGUAAGAAAUGUCAGACACUGACGAACUGCCUGCAGGGGGGGUAGAUGUCCCUGUUGAGGGGGCUGUGGGUAAUGAUGUUAUAGAGCAAAUGAGAGGUCAAAUUCAAGAGUUAAGAGAUUGGAGGGAUGAUGCUCUGGCCAAUAGGGCAGUUGGUGGGGGUAAUUCAACUCGCUCUUAUAUUUAUGUCCCUCGUGAACGUCAGAUUCAACCCUUUUGCGGGGAGUACAACAAAGAUGGGAGGUCUGUAGAAGAGUUUAUUGAGGAGGUAGAAAGGGUUCUACGGGCCAGAGAUCAAACCCAGGAAGAACAGUUGGACUUUAUUAUUUCACAUCUGAGGGGGCCCGCACUUGAAGAGGUGCGUUUAUGUGUGGGAAACCAGUCCAGACAGGCCAGUGAUUUGUUUGCAUUCCUACGGGAAGCGUUUGGAGAACGGCGUAGCGGGACACAAUUGUUGCAGAUGUUUUACAAUCGCAAACAAUUGGAGGGGGAAGACCUUCGAAAUUACUCUCAUGCUCUCUCUCGCCUAUUAAGCUCUGUCACAAAACAGUCCCCAGGUGGUCUGGCUAAUGAGCAGGGAAUUUUACGUGAUCAGUUUGUGGAGGGUGUGCGAGAUGCUGCAUUAAGGCGAGAGCUGCGUAAAACAAUCAGAGAAAAGCCCCAGUUGACCCUGCUUGAGAUACGUAAUGAAGCCAUUCUUUGGUCAAUGGAAGAGAGCAGGCCGAUUAGAGUUGCAAAUAAUCGACCCAUCCAUUCAGAAGUUCUGAGUGAAACUAAGGAUAAUGCUGCCGGGUCUGAGGCUCAAACAUCCACUGUGUUAAAUGAUAUUUUACAAGUGAUUACACGGCAGGACAAGCGAAUAAGUGAGCAAGAGCAAACCAUUUCAGAGCUCACUAAGGCGGUAAAGGAGUUGACUGCACAACGAUCAGUGUCAGUUCCGCAAAAUUUUGUGCCCUCGUCAAAGUCUCCUCCCAGGUUUACAGAGGAGGGAGAACCUAUCUGUUUCCGAUGCAAUGAGGUUGGGCAUAUUGCUAGGCGCUGCACUAUGAGACAGGGUGGGAGACCCAAGAGUACUCCCAGGACCAAUGAAAGGCAAGAAAACCCAGGUCCUUCCAUGGCGCUGAGUCAGGCAACGCAAGGGGCAGUGUCUGGUUCACCGCCUGAGGGAACCAGUCGAGAUAGGUUCCUUGAACGAGCAGUUGGAACGUGCCCUAUGGUGGACUUGAAAAUCAGGGGUGUGAUAGUGUCAUGUCUGCUCGACACUGGUAGUCAGGUUAGUACCAUCACAGAGGGAUUCUUCCGAGAGCAUCUGUUUGGUAAUGAGAGUGAUGUGUUGUCAACUUCAGGUUGGCUGAAGAUCACAGCAGCCAACGGUUUAGACAUUCCUUAUUUGGGUUACAUGGAGCUGGACGUGGAGGUUAUGGGGAUGACUUUGCCUGAGUGUGGCUUCUUGAUUGUUAAAGAAACUCCUAGUCCAUCGUCUAUGGCUGUGCUUAUAGGAAUGAACAUUAUUAGUAAGUGCCGACAGAUUGUUCACGCUGAAUUUGACACUGCAUUAGGUGGGAGACUAGACUCCAACUGGAGGGUAGCCUUCCAGCAGGCCCAAUCGGUUGAGUUAGUGGAGCGAGUUUCAUUCGCUCGUGUCGCAGGUAAGACUCCUGCCCAUGUGCCUGCUUGGUCUGCAGCCACUGUCCUGAUCAAGGGUGUGGAAUCUGGAAAAAAAAGGGAUGGCUCUGCAUGGUUGGUUGAACCAGUGAACACACCCUUGCCAGGAGGUUUGGUUGUAGUACCUACCUUGGUCACAUCAGAGUUACCUUUGUGUCCAGUGAGAGUACUUAACCUGUCUCAGGAAGACCUUUGGCUUCAGCCCAGAGCUCGUUUGGGUAUGGUGUCUCUGAUAGAUGGUAGCACUGCGGGUUCAUCCUGCGAAGUGAAGUUUCAGCGAAUCUCCGCAGACACAGAACGGGUCACUGUUGGUGUCGGUCAGUGUUCUGAACCCCCCAUCCAAUCGGUCUUGGAUCAUGUCGACAUGGGAGGCACGCCUGAACAGCAGGUUCAGCUAAAAGCGGUUCUUGAGAAGUAUUUAGGUGUAUUUGCUUUGGACGAUGAUGAUCUAGGUUAUACAGAUAAGGUUCAACACGAGAUACAUUUGACUGAUGACGUUCCGGUGAAUCAGCCUUAUCGACGCAUUCCACCCAAUCAAUACCAAGAGGUUAGAGAGCAUAUCACAAAGUUACUGAAGAAGGGUGUCAUUCAAGAGAGUGUGAGUGCUUAUGCCUCGCCAGUGGUAUUAGUUCGCAAAACCGAUGGGUCACUACGUUUGUGCGUAGAUUAUAGGAAGCUCAAUGCAAAGACAAGGCGUGAUGCAUUUCCGCUACCUAGAAUUGACGAGAGCUUUGAUGCCCUCCGGGGAGCAAAGUUUUUCUCAACUGUGGACUUGGCCUCUGGUUAUCAUCAGAUUGCGGUGAGUGACCGGGAUAGAGCCAAGACGGCAUUCACGACACCCUUUGGUUUAUUUGAGUACCGGAGGAUGCCGUUUGGGGUCUGUAAUGGACCGUCGACCUUUCAGCGGCUUAUGCAAGCUGUCAUGAGCGAUCUGAUCUUUCAGGUGUUGAUAGUGUACUUAGAUGACAUCUUGUUGUUUUCACAAACAUUUGAAGAACAUCUAGAAAGACUGGAGAUGGUGCUGAAGCGGUUGGCAGAGACUGGUUUAAAGGUGAAGCUAGGGAAGUGUCGAUUUCUCCAAGACACUGUGCGCUUCCUUGGUCAUCAGGUGUCAGUGCAGGGGAUUUCACCUGACCCUGACAAGGUUGCUGCAGUUAGUAAUUGGAAGAUCCCGGAGAAUGUCAAGGAGUUGAGGUCAUUUCUGGGGUUCUGCAGCUAUUAUAGGAAGUUUAUUGAGGGAUUUUCAAAGAUAGCUGGACCCUUACAUGACCUGGUAAAUUUUUGUCUGAGGGAAGGCAGGUGUGCCAGAAGUGGUCGUCACUUUAGUACUCUGUGGUCUAGUGAAUGUGAUUGUGCAUUCAAUCAGUUAAAGGAUAGACUGACAAUAGCCCCGGUACUUGGUUUCGCAGAUUUCAGUUGCUCUUUCAUCCUUGAAACAGACGCGAGCCAGAAUGGGUUAGGUGCCAUCUUAUAUCAGAAACAGGGUGAUGAGAAGCGGGUCAUUGCGUACGCCAGCCGUAGGUUGCGUAAUGCAGAGAAAAAUGAUCGCAACUACAGUAGCAUGAAGCUCGAGCUACUGGCCCUCAAGUGGGCAGUAGUUGAGAAGUUUCGUGGCUAUUUACUUGGGUCCUGGUUUGAAGUGAUCACAGAUAAUAAUCCGCUCUGUCACUUGCAAACCGCCAAGUUAGGAGCGAUUGAGCAGAGGUGGGUAGCACAGCUUUCUGUCUUCAAUUUCGAGGUGAAAUACAGACCGGGAAAGAGUAAUGCUGCAGCCGAUGCGCUGUCUAGGCAGGAGUUUGCAGGGGAGCCUGAAUCUGAUCCGGACGCUGACUGGAAUGAGUGUAUAGCGAUUUGCAGUGUGAUUAGUCGGGGUACAGCCUUGGGACCUGAACUCGCAUUUAAGGGUGUUGAGUGCGCCAGGUUGAGGCAGAUCCGUGCAUUGGAGGCUGGAGAACAAGCUGGCACUGGUCUCCAAGGAAACACUCAUACACUCCCUGGCUAUACUAGGGAACAGCUGGUUGAGUUUCAGAAAAGCGACCCUGUUCUGAGAGAAUUUAGAAGAUUCUGGGACAAGAAAAUGAGACCAGUGCACCCAGAAAGAAAGUCGUUAUCUAAGUCAGCGAAGUGUCUUCUGAAGCAGUGGAGUUUUAUCAGAGAACGUAAUGGGUUACUGUAUCGGGUAGUAGAUUUUUCUUCUGAGGAGAGCUGUUGGCAGUUGUUGUUGCCAGCGUGUUUGAAAGAGCGAGUGCUGCUGAGUGUGCAUGACGAUAUGGGGCACCAGGGCAUUGAACGGACUGUGGGGUUGUUGAAGCAGAGAUGUUUUUGGUCUGGUAUGUAUGAAGAUGUGGAGGAAUGGGUAAAGAAGUGUCAACGGUGCAUCCUCACAAAGAUGCCGCAGCCCAAAGUCCGUGCCCCUGUGAGAGCAUUUUUGGCUUCCAGGCCCCUUGAAGUAAUUGCGGUGGACUUUACUGUCCUAGAGCCUGCUUCUGACGGGCGUGAAAAUGUUCUGGUUGUCACAGAUGUUUUCACAAAGUUUACACAGGCAUUUCCCACCAAAGAUCAAAAGGCCGAUACCACAGCAAAGGUCUUGUUGAAGGAGUGGUUUAUGAAGUAUGGCGUCCCGGAGAGGUUGCACUCCGAUCAAGGCAGAAAUUUUGAAAGUGAGGUAAUCGCUGAGCUGUGCAGACUCUAUGGGGUGAAAAAGACCCGUACAACCCCUUAUAGGCCGCAGGGAAAUGCCCAAUGUGAACGAUACAACAGAACGCUCCACAACCUGUUACGUACACUACCCCCGGAACGGAAACGGCGUUGGCCUGAGUACUUGCCAGAGUUAGUCCAUGCAUAUAAUGUGACGCCACAUGCUACUACCGGUUUUUCCCCUUAUUAUCUUCUUUUUGGGGUACAGCCACAUCUGCCCAUUGAUGCAUUGCUGGGUGGUGAGGAAGUCUCUGAGGGGAAGCAAGACUGGUUAUCUGUUCAUCAGGAGAGGCUGAGGUAUGCCCAUGAGAAAGCUAGGGAGUACUCAGAGGAAAAAGCUCUAGAGAGAGUGACUCGUUUGAAUGAGAAGGCAUUUUGUCCCCAGGUCGGUGUGGGCGAGUUGGUGUAUUUGCGUCAGCGGUUUCCAGGCAGGAACAAGAUUCAAGAUGCCUGGAGCCCAAUUGUGUACCGAGUAGUGGAAGUAAUAGGCACGACUUACACUGUGGAACCUUUAGAGGGAGGGCCCUCAAAAAAGGUUCACCGGUCAGAGUUGCGUCCAGGUGCUGUGCCUACUCCUAGGCCUAGGAGUAGGGACAGAUCUCAGCCAGAUACACAGCAGGUUACCAUGGUUGAGAAUGACACUUCUGAGCCAGAUUUUGUGGUCGUAGAGGAGGUGGUGCAACCUUCUGUAAGAGGGGCCACCAACAUUCAAGUUAACUCAGAGGCACCCGGUACUUUGGGUAGCUCUGAAGGUAACCAAGUACCAGUAUCAUCUGACACUGGUAGAGAUUUUGCAGAAUCUGAUGGUGUGGCCUUAAAUGCAGAGGUUGCAGAUGAGGUUAUUCGGUCUCUAGGUUUUGAAACUGGUGAAAUGUGUGACAGAGUUCAGAGAGAAGUACCCGUUCCAGCUGUGCGCAGAAGUAAGCGUGCAACUGCUGGUGUUCACACAAAUCCUUUCCAUGCACCUAGGUCUGCUUGUAAUGCAGUAAGUGUCAGCACAGAUAUGGUGUCGCAAGUGCUGACCAGUAUUGGCACUGCGUUGUUUGAGAAGGCAUUACGAGGUGCCAUGAAUACUGAAUUUAUUACUGAGUGAGUCAUCGAGGACGCUGACUUAUUGCAGGGGAGAAUGUAACCGAGUGGUAAAAAGUAUAGUAAUUUAUUUCUCCCUUUGCAUCGUUAAACUUAUUGUAUUUUUAUUUUCUGUUUUCUGUAAAUUACUAAGUCAGAAGAAACAGUUAAUAUCUGCAUUUUUCCUUGAGUCGUCAGUAGGUGGUGCUGUUUGCAUUAUGCAUGGGAAAUGCGCAUGUGCUGUUUUCAGAUCUUUUUGGGUGAUGUGCAGGGAGCAACGUUGGGGAGAUGUGCACUCUCUGUAAUCAGUGACAUAUUUAAGACCAUCCAAGGUACAGCAUUUUGUUGAGGAUUUCAGCCCUCAUAAAGUGAAUGUGAGGUGUAAAGUAGGAGCUCAUCAUUUUGUGAGUGUUAUCUUUUUAUUUUUCACAAAUUAUAUGUAAGUGGGUAAUAUUUCCAUGUUCUUAUUAUGCUUUGUUUAUUUUGUAUAGUAUUCCCACUGCCGUAUUGUACCGUGUAGUACCACAUGUGAUUUUAGUGUGGUAGUUUCUCUGUAGCGUCUCACAACAUUUUGUUGUUGUGGUAUUCCUUUUGUAUUUAAUUAUUUAACUUUUGUAUCUUUGUGUGGCGGCUGUAUUUUUACUGGGCCGUGUUUGCGAUGGUUAAGAGUUUGUUUCUGCUUAUAGCAGUUGGAUUGUGGAACAAUCUGUUGAACAUUAGGAAUAAUUAUACACUGAGAAAUAUAGAGCUGUGAGAUUUAAACUUUAUUCCCAGCUCUUUGUAUCCUUCUCUGUUUUUUUUUUGUUCCGUCUAUUUUCAAAAAUAGAUAUUUAACUUUUUUUCUUUGUUUCCGGUCUAUUUUGAGCCGGAACGGUUUCUUGUACACUCUUGUUAAACAUUUCAGAACAUGUCAUUCUUUUGAAAAUACUAAAUGAAUAAACUACAAAGUAAGUAAACCCGCUAAAA